AUGUGCUGGUCUGUCGUUCCAGUUCGGCGUUCCUACCACUCUUUUCCCCCUGAUCUCAUUCGCGCCCCCGCUGGCGAAUUUGAGCUCUCUGACCCUCCGUGUCUUCUUGUUUCCGAAGCUGCAGAGGACAGUGGCUCUGAAGGUAUUCAUCUCCGAAACUGUACCAGUUUGCAGGCAAAACGUCCACAGUCCAAACAACACUUCGAGUUCAAAAUUCCAUCUGCCAUGAACACGGUGUGUAUGGGCGCGAACAGAGGAACAGAGAGUAGGAACGAAAAUCAUAUCCCGCACAUGUUACCGUGUUGCUUUAUGUGA